AUAUUAAAUAAAUAUUGAUAACAGUAAAAAUAUUUUAAAAUAUUUUAUAAAUAUUAUAAAGAGUACACUUCAGUUCUUUGAAAAUCUUUGAUCCAACAACAACAGCAAUGAAAGCUCCAAAAAUUUUCAGUAUAUUUGUUUUAAUCUUACAAACACAGACCAGCUUUUGCAAACCUAAUGAAGAAUCAACUAGUUUCUCAGAAUUGGAAGAUGAUCUUCGCAAUGAUCCUCUGACUCAAAAACAAAUGAUAGUAAUUGCAUAUGACCAGCUUAUGGCUUUAGGACGAGAAUAUAUCGACAGAUCUGCUGAAAUAAGUCGUAAUAUUUUAAAAGACGAGUCCUUAAUGCUCAAUGAGAAACCGGAAGUGGUUGAGUUUAAAAAACAUCUUAAAGUUUUCGUGGAAAGUAAUGAUAAUUCCAAGAAAAAAGACGUGUUUACAAUUUGGACUUUAAUAUCGGUUUAUGUUCAAACUAUUGAAAAUUAUGUUGAGCUAUCUGAGGAAAAAAUUACUCCCGAAUCGAAAUUUAUUUUGGAGAUUAUUAACAAAUACGAUUGUCACACAGUCAAUAUGGAAUAUCGCAGAAAAUUCAAUGUAAUUGUUGAUGAUUUUACCAGAAAAUUUGAAGAGCAUAAGGAGCACAUGAACGAACAUGUUUUGCAAUGGUUUAAGACCUUUAAAGCAUUAACUAAAUUCGACGAGAAACUGGAGACUUUAACUGAUUUUAUGUUCAUGUUGACAUGAAUUUGAAAUAAAAAUAGUUUAAAGUA